UCAUUCUGGUGUAGAGCUAAGCUGUGAUUACGAAUAAUAAAAACAUAAUUAUAAAUAUUAAAUUAUUAACAGGCAGUGUGCUGACUGCUGAAACGGAAUAAAUAAUAACAAUCAGAAACUAGAAUAAUGACUUUCUUAGAAGACACACUAAUUGUUUUUAUAUCUCAAGCAAUCUUUUUUAUAGGCGGCUGGAUAUUCUUUGUGAAACAAUUAUUCCGUGAUUAUGAAGUGCACCAUAGUCUUGUGCAGCUGAUAUUUUCUGUUACAUUUGCUUUGAGCUGUACAAUGUUUGAACUUAUCAUAUUUGAGAUUAUUGGAUAUUUAGAUUCAAGUUCAAGAUAUUUCCAUUGGAAUUUGGGGCUUUACUCAUUGCUAUUUAUGGUGAUUGCUCUGAUACCAUUCUACAUUGCCUACUAUUGCAUCACUAAUAUCCAAUUUUUGUCAAGAUCUCACAUACGGCCAUUAACAAUAUUUGUAUGGCUAGUAUAUUUAUAUUUCUUUUGGAAGAUCGGAGAUCCAUUUCCCAUAUUGAGUCCUAAACAGGGUAUAUUUUCUAUAGAGCAAGGAGUAUCUCGUAUAGGCGUAAUAGGAGUGACUGUAAUGGCGUUACUAUCUGGUUUUGGUGCUGUCAACUAUCCUUACACAUCCAUGGCUAUAUUUAUCAGACCAGUUACCCAAUCAGAUGUAUUGUCAAUAGAAAAAAAGCUGCUGCAAACAAUGGAUAUGAUUUUAGUUAAAAAGAAAAGGAUUGCAUUAGCUGAGUCUAAUAGUGUGGGAGCGAGACAGAAUUAUAUGAUGGAUCAGUCAAAUGUGAAGAACAGGGGUUUUUGGACAAAUAUUUUGUCUAGUGUUGGGAGUAUUACUAACCCAUUAAGUCACGGGACUGAAAAUAUUUCUCAGCUCCGCCAAGAGAUAGCUGCGUUGGAGGAGUUAAGUAGACAGUUAUUCCUGGAAGCACACGACGCUAGAACUAUGAGAGAGAAAAUUGAAUGGUCCACCACUUUUCAAGGGAAGUACUUCAAUUUCCUUGGAUACUUCUUCUCUUUGUAUUGUGUAUGGAAGAUUUUCAUUUCGACAAUUAACAUAGUGUUCGACCGAGUUGGUAAAAAGGACCCUGUGACCCGGGGCUUAGAGUUGGUAGUGCAUUGGCUCGGAUGGAACAUAGACCUUGCCUUUUGGUCCCAACAUGUCUCAUUCAUAUUAGUCGGUUGCAUUGUUCUGACAAGCAUACGUGGAUUACUAUUAACAUUAACUAAGUUCUUCUACAAAAUAUCGUCAUCAAAAUCAUCAAACAUAAUUGUUUUGAUACUAGCUCAAAUUAUGGGUAUGUAUUUUUGUUCGUCUGUCCUUUUAAUGCGGAUGAAUAUGCCACCCGAGUACAGGAUUAUCGUGACGCAAGUGUUAGGUGACUUGCAGUUUAAUUUCUACCAUCGCUGGUUCGAUGUUAUAUUUUUAGUAAGCGCUUUAACGAGCAUUUUUACACUUUAUCUUGCGCAUAAGCAGCCAUCUGUUAAUUAAAGAUUUAUAGAUCAGUUACCAAGGAGCCUGUAGUAAUUUAAUGCUUUUUAAAAAUACUACUAUUUUAUUUCAUCAUAGUUCAAUAAAUCCAUAUUGACAGCUACUCAUGUAAAUUUUUGAUCAUUAAAAAAUAAAACUUUGUGACGUGUGGUAUUGAGCAAAAAAAUGAUUACUUUAAUGCAUUAUACUAAAACCCCCGAAAUUUCAACAUAAUUGUAAAAAAAAACUAUACAUUCAAUUCCAAUAUGUCGCUAGAUCGAUAACAACAUUCUCACAAAAUCGCGCUUUCGCAUUAAAACAAAAGAUAAGUUUAAUGGAGGCAAAUUUAGUUUAUACCAUUGUAUAUAAAUAAUAAUACAUAUAAAAAAAAUUGGAGCUCUUUGUACGAAUAAGGCGAUGAGUCGAGCUUAACAUGUUAAGGCACAAAUUUUACGAUAGUUUAGCAAACAUGCCUUUCUAGAGAUGGCAGUACAGUCUAUGUAUCGUUUUUUUAAAAUAUAUUUUGCAAUGCUUGCUUGAAAAAUACUAUAGUAGGGCCAAUUUAAUACAUUUGAAACAUUAUAACGGCAUAAUAUAUUUAUUAACAUGAAGUUUAAAACCACCAUUUUAAAAAUAAUGAUCAAUUUUCGUUCUAUAGAGUGAACUGAUCGCUAUUACAAUGUUGCGUCGGUGGACGUGUACUUAACAUUGACAUCUGUCAAUUAUGGUCUCCUAAUUUGGACCUACCUAACCUACAUAAUAUAAGUUAAUAUUUAAAUAUAAAAGGUUUGUUGAAGUAAACACUAAGCAACGCUCCAGACCAUAACACUCCAACUUAUACUUGACGUCUGUCAUAUUGGUUUUCAUAUGUCAAUUUUUGCCAGUUAUAAUCUAUUUGUGAAUGCAUAUUUGCACAAAUUCUAAUUGAACUAUGCAUGUAUCCAAAUACGUCCACGGAGCGCUGAACAAGUUU